GGGAUCAUCGAAUGGCCAACUGAACUCAUCGAGAGGAUCUUGAGCUUCGUUCAGCCCGGACACCACGACAAAGAAGUCAGCAUUGACCAGAGGAAGCACCUCAGCGUGGAGAGCUUUGAGCCAGCGCCAGAUCGGUCUCGCGGCUCCAUCAGUGAUAUCGGCAGGUUCCGCUGCGUAUGCAAACGUUUUGAGGAGAUCGGUCGCCCAGUGCUGUUCACCAGAGUCACUAUCAGGUUUUCGGCUAAAGGCUUGAAGACCCUCCAAAAUCUCGCUGCAUCCGCACAUCUAGCUUGCUUAGUGGAAAGGUUCACCUACCUGGUGCCAUACUUUUACGACGAUGGUAGAGCAUGCUACAAAUCGUAUCUACGGACGGGCUUGCGAAACACCGAUAUAGACAGCUUGCGAAGAAAAAGAACGGAGCAGAGGGCUAUCUGCUCCAAUGAAGACGAUGUGCUCAUCCUGAAGCAGGCUAUUGCAAAAUUCACGAAGCUGAAACUGGUACAAUUGUUGCGUGUUGCCGACUCGGAAGAUCGCAUGCUACUCAGCUACCUCUCAAGACACGAGCAUGCAAGGUCUGUUCUUAAUCUGGACUGGAGCAGGGCGUGUUCACAUGCGGCAAGAACAAUCAUCACAGCCUUGCUAACAUCGAUCAAUGUACCAUGGAGCAGAUUCAGCCUGCUGCAGCUAAGUCCAGAAAGUGCCCAGUACCUUUCAACAUUAGCUGAACGGUUAGAAGUGCUCACGCUACAUUUCGACGACAACGAGGAUUUGGAUGCAAAGGUGCAGGAGCUAUCGACAGUGUUCAAAGAAGUUUUCACGCGAGCGAGGAAAAUGAGAGCCGUGCAUGUUGGGUUUCCGUCCCAUCGCCCGCUCACCCUCCCUCUCAAGACCGUCUUCCACGACGUGAGGUGGGAGAAACUUGUAGCAUUUGGAGUUCAAGGAUGGGAGCUCGAGCAGGAGGAGAUCUUCGACAUGGUGAGACGACAUCCUGGUUUGAGGGGCUUGCGGCUGCGAGAUGUGCAUCUGAAGGAAGGGAGUCUUUGGAAAGAUGUUUUGAAAGUUUUACGAGCUGAGAUGCACGAGCUUCAAUGGGUGAGCCUGCGCCGAAUAGGCUAUACGCAAUACUACCAUUCUCAGCAAUUCUCGCAAGAUGUGGGAACCGAGCUGCCGGACUUUAAUGAGCUCUCGCAAAGCAGCAGCGACGAGGAAGAAGCCCAAGAUGAUGAAAGUGAAGCAGGACCUAGUGGCACAGGACGACAUGGCUAUGAAGACAGUAGCGAUGGAGAUGACGAAGACGAAGACGAGGAUGAGGAUGAGGAUGAGGACGAAGAUGGAGAUGAAGAAGAAGACUCGGAUGACGAGCAUGGCCCAGAAGCACACGAGGUCGAUUUUCCCAACCUCAACUCGCCAGACACCCCGACUUCAGCACCUUGGUGUACCUGCAGUGGUGGUGGACGCCUUGAGUCGGCAGAAGAGCUAGAUGAUGAUGGUCUGCGUGUCGACAACAACAAGCGGAAAUAUUGGGAGCGAUGGGUGUUGCGAAGAUGUCCUGAGCAUGGC